AUGUUGAUGAUUGAUCAUCACGCUCCCAAUGAGUCUCAGAAGCGCCUGGCGCUGGCAGUUAUCGACUUCCUGGGCUCCAGCUUGAAGGAUGGUACCCUGACCGCCGAUGAUGCUGAGUCCAUCGAAAUUGCUCAGUCGUGUAUCGCGGAUACUUUCAAGGUCGACCCCUCCGACGAGGCCGCAGUUAAGGAUGCUCUUGGCGGGCAAUCGCUAGCAAGCAUCUUCAGCGUCUACGAGAAGCUCCGCAAGAAGCCUUCGGCGGAAUCUACUGGCGCUGGUACGCAGGCCAAGAGCGCUGAGGCCGAGAAGCCCAAGGCCGGUGCGCCCACUGCCGAAUCCGACAAGCUGAAGUCAGAGGGAAAUGCCGCCAUGGCGCGCAAGGAAUACAGCAAGGCCAUCGAUCUGUAUACUCAGGCCCUAUCCAUCGCUCCAUCAAACCCGAUCUACCUCUCGAACCGCGCAGCUGCCUACUCCGCCUCCGGUGAACAUGAGAAGGCAGCAGAGGAUGCGGAACUCGCCACCGUCGUGGACCCCAAGUAUUCCAAGGCUUGGAGCCGUCUCGGUCUGGCACGUUUUGAUAUGGCGGAUUACCACGCAGCUAAGGAAGCUUACGAGAAGGGUAUUGAGGCGGAGGGUAACGGAGGCAGUGAUGCGAUGAAGAGAGGCCUCGAGACUACUACGCGGAAGAUCGAGGAGGCCAACCGCGGAGCUGAGCCUCCUGCGGAUGAUGUUGAUGAUGCCGCUGGAGCGUCGCGCGGCGCUGGUGGCAUGCCUGACCUGUCAUCGCUCGCCAGCAUGCUCGGUGGAAGAGGUGGCGGUGGCGGCGGUGGCAUGCCCGAUCUCAGUUCGAUUAUGAGCAACCCCAUGUUCGCGAGCAUGGCCCAGAACCUGAUGAGCAACCCAGAUAUGCUGGGCAAUCUCAUGAGCAACCCCCAAUUGAGACAGAUGGCUGAGAACUUCGGCAGUGGUGGUGGCAUGCCCGAUAUGUCUAGCUUGAUGAGCGACCCGAGCAUCGCAGAAAUGGCUCGGAAUAUGAUGGGCGGUGCUGGUCGUGGUGGACAACAGUAA